UUUUGCACAAAGCGCCCGGGUGGGGGUGGGGGAUAAACUCCAGCGCCCAAGAAGCUCUCCCUAUGAGCUGGGCACCAAGCAGUCUGGAUGAAGCUGGUCUUAGGACUUUCUAUUUCACGCACUCCAAUAUUUGGUACUCUUGUCCGGAUACAGCUGGAGAAGAGAGUCCACGAAAGCCACCGAAAGAAGCGCCAAAGGGAGGCUGCAGUUUGGAAAAAGGACCAGGGUGGAAAAAGGACCACAAAGUGCCCCUCCAAUUUCGCCACCUACCCACAGUCCAUGCAACCACGCGCGCAUCUCCUGCCCAGGAGCCCAAGUCCCUGAACAAUGGAAGUCUCUAACCUCUCAGGCGCCACCCCUGGCAACGCCUUUCUCCCGGGGCCAGAGAGCUACAGUGACAGCCCAAUUUCCGGCAGGGGCGUGGGGUCCACCCCAGGUGGGCUCAUCUUGCCAGGCCCGCCCUUCUCUGUCUUCACCGUGCUCGUGGUGACUCUCUUGGUGUUGCUGAUCGCUGCCACUUUCCUAUGGAAUCUGCUAGUUCUGGUGACCAUCCUGCGCGUCCGCACCUUCCACCGCGUGCCACAUAACUUGGUGGCCUCGACAGCCGUCUCGGACGUACUUGUGGCGGCCCUGGUGAUGCCACUGAGCCUGGUGAGCGAGUUGUCGGCUGGGCGACGUUGGCAGCUGGGCAGGAGUCUGUGCCACGUGUGGAUCUCCUUCGACGUGUUGUGCUGCACGGCCAGCAUCUGGAACGUGGCGGCCAUCGCCCUGGACCGCUACUGGACCAUCACGCGUCACCUACAGUACACGCUGCGCACCCGGCGCCGCGCUUCGGCGCUCAUGAUCGGGGUCACCUGGGCACUGUCCGCGCUCAUCGCGCUCGCCCCGCUGCUCUUUGGCUGGGGCGAAGCCUAUGAUGCUCGGCUGCAGCGUUGCCAGGUGAGCCAGGAGCCCUCCUAUGCCGUCUUCUCCACCUGCGGAGCCUUCUACCUGCCUCUGGCCGUGGUGCUCUUCGUCUACUGGAAGAUAUACAAAGCCGCCAAGUUUCGCUUCGGCCGCAGACGGAGGGCUGUGGUGCCCUUGCCUGCCACCCUGCAAGUGAGAGGGGCUGGUUGUGGAUUUGGGGGUGGGGGACCCUGGGAAGGAUGAAAUUUAGAGAAAGGGAAGAGUGGGACAGAGCUGGGAUACUGGAGCAUAAGAGGAAAAACUGUCGCGUAUGGAACGCGGGAGGAGAUGGCCAUCUGCUCUUUAGGAGAGCACAUGGAGUGGCUUAUCGCUGAUGCUUCUAGUGAACCACCUGCGGGAUAGGCACCUGUGGAGAUGGGUUCUUCACGUGCACAUUAGGACUAGUGCUGGAGCCUCCAAACCUCAAAAGUUG